UAGACAUGGAGAAAAAAAGGUGGGAACCUGAGAGGUGCUGUAAUACGGUAAUCGAAGUUUUUCCCACAUAGCAGUUUAUUAUGCCAUUAAGUUUGUUUACCUCAUAUUUCUGAUUCUGACAGCGGUUAUUUACUUUAUUUAAUUGCCGGUUUUGAAGCUUCGUUGUUUAUAUGAGCUGUUUUGCCAGAUAAUCUGAAGACGGGAGUUCUCACACUUUUUACCAAUGUGCUGGAAGCGGGGGGAUAUUUGUUUAGUGGCUAAACGUAAUGUUCGCUGGAUCCAUUUUUUUUUGGGGGGGGGGGGGGGGGUGUUAUUCAUGUUGUCGUGGGCUGGCUGUAGCGACUGAAUCAGUUCAGAGGAAGGUCGUUCAAAUAUAUCCACGUUUUUCCUGCAUGUAUCCAAAUUUCAUGGGAUGUGUUCACAUUUUUUCCUCACGUUUUAAAACUAGGUGUUUUUCCUGUGAUACGGCGAAGAAGUGCAAUAUUGGAGUGCAUGAAACACUCAGCGACCUGUGGAUUACAGCAAGCUAGCCAACGUUAGCUAGCUUCUUGGGUCUAUAGAAGUUCGGCUACAUAGCUGGAUUUUUGGAAAGAAGAGGACACCCAGAUUUCUAAAUGAUCAAGCAUUAAUCUUAAAGAAUUGCUUUUUAAUACGGAAAUACGGUCUGUGAGUGCCUUUCAACAGUGGAACCUCGUUUAUCGUGGAAUGAGGCCGUGGCUAGUUACUUUCUAGUUUAGCUAACGUUAGCGGUGUGGGGUUUAUUUUUUUAUCGAAUCGGAAUACUAUAAAAAUAAAACAUUUAAAGUGAACUAUCCCAUACAAUUGUGGAAAUUACUAUUUUUAUUCGCAAAUGUGUCGCCAGAACACACGAUCAAGCUAUUUAGUGGUCAUUUUUUUCAGGGUGAACCGAAAUCCCAAAGUUAGCUGAGAAGAUAUUGCUGUUAAUUAAGAUACAACCACGUUGGACCCCUGGCCCCUUUUUAAGGGGCUAACUGGACUAGCUAGCUUGAUUUAUCUUCUCGUUUUGAAAACUUUUUGUUUGUAUUGGAUUUCUUAAAACGAACUUUGGAUAUCUUCAAAACACACACAGAGAACACACUCGAAGUCACAAUGCGGCUUGGGACUUCAGCGGUUGUUUUGGUUACUUUUAUCUACAUUGGAUGUCAGUGUGUCCUACCAAAUGGAGAAAUCUGUCAGAGUAAGGAUAUCCGUAACAAUGUGACCAACCUGCAGUUAUUAGAGAACUGCACAGUAAUUGAGGGCUACUUGAAGAUCCUCCUCAUGUUCAAGGCCAAGCCCGAGGACUUCAGGGGCCUCAGCUACCCCAAGCUGACCGUUGUCACCGACUUCCUCCUCCUAUUUAGGGUCUAUGGUCUAGAGUCCCUCAGCAAUCUGUUCCCCAACCUGACGGUGAUCCGAGGCAACAACCUGUUCUUCAACUACGCCCUGGUUCUGUUUGAGAUGGUGGACCUUAAGGAGCUGGGGCUCCAGAGCCUCAUGAACAUCACCCGGGGAGCCGUGAGGGUGGAGAAGAACCCGGACCUCUGCUACCUCUCCACCCUGGACUGGUCCAAGAUCCUGGACACAGUGGAGGACAAUUACAUCGUGGCCAAUAAGAAUGACCGGGAGUGUGGGGAUGUGUGCCCAGGCACGGCCUAUGGGAAGACCACCUGUCCUCAGACUACCAUCAAUGGACACUUUGGAGAGCGCUGCUGGACUCAGAACCACUGCCAGAGAAUGUGUCCCUCCACCUGUAAGCAUCGGGCCUGUACCCAGCAUGGCCACUGCUGCCACGACCAGUGCCUGGGAGGCUGCUUGGAGGCAGGCAAAGCCAGCAGCUGUGUGGCCUGCCAGAACCUCCAGCACCAGGACACCUGUGUGGACCACUGUCCCCAGGGAUACUACAUCUUCAAGGGCUGGCGCUGCGUCUCUCUCUCCUUCUGCCAGGACCUUCACAACCAGUGCAAGAAUGGAAAGAGCAGCGACUGCCAUGAGUACGUCAUCCACAACAAAGCCUGCAUCCCAGAGUGCCCCUCAGGGUACACCACCAUCAACUCUACCGCGUUGAACUGUACCCCGUGUGCGGGGCUGUGUCCUAAGAUGUGUACAGGGCUGAAGACAGUGGACUCUGUGACAGCAGCCCAGGCUCUGAGAGGAUGCACCGUGCUCAACGGCAGCCUGAUCAUCAAGAUCCGUGGAGGGAACAACAUAGCAGCAGAGCUAGAGGCUAACCUGGGUCAGCUGGAGGAGAUAACAGGCUACCUGACCAUCAAGAGAGCCUAUGCCCUUGUCUCUCUCUCCUUCCUCCGCAAGCUACACAUAAUCCGUGGAGAGACGCUGACCCAAGAUGGGAACUACUCGUUCUACGCGCUUGACAACCAGAACCUGCGUCAGCUGUGGGACUGGAACAAACACAACCUGACCAUCCUUCAGGGGCGCAUGUUCUUCCUUCACAACGCCAAGCUGUGCAUGUCUGAGAUCCGCAAGAUGGAGGAGGUGACGGGCACCAAGGGGAGAGACAUCAAGAAUGAAAUCGCCGGCAGGACCAAUGGAGACCAGGCCUCCUGUGAGAACCAGGUCCUGAAGUUCACCACGGUGCGCACGCAGUCAGACAAGAUCCUCAUCAAGUGGGAACCCUUCUGGCCGCCUGACUUCAGAGACCUACUAGGCUUCAUGGUCCUCUACAAAGAGGCGCCCUAUAAGAAUGUGACAGAGUUUGAUGGCCAGGAUGCGUGUGGCUCUAACAGCUGGGUGAUAGCUGACAUAGACCCUCCACCCCGGGCCUCGGAGGGGAAGGAGCAGGGAGAGCCUGGCUACCUCAUCCAUACUAUGAAACCCUAUACCCAGUACGCCAUCAUGGUCAAGACCCAGCUCUCCGCCUCAGAUGAACACCAGGUCCUCGGGGCCAAGAGUGAGAUCAUCUACGUCCGCACCAAUGCCACCAAGCCGUCGGUGCCGCUGGACCCCAUCUCAUCAUCCAACUCGUCCUCUCAGAUCAUCCUGAAGUGGAAGCCCCCCACGGACGCCAAUGGCAACAUCACUCACUACCUGGUGUUCUGUCAGCAGCAGCCCGAGGACAGCGACCUCUACAAGUUUGACUACUGUCAAAAAGGAAUGAAACUGCCGUCGCGGGUGCCUACCCAUCUGGACACUGACGAGGAGCAAAAGUGGAACCAGACAGACGAGUCUGGGCCAGGGAACCGCUGCUGUGCCUGCCCCAAAACAGAUACCCAGCUCAAGAAGGAGGCUGAGGAGUCUGAGUACCGCAAGACCUUCGAAAACUACAUCCACAAUGAAGUGUUUAAAGUCAGACCGUCUCGUCGGCGCCGCUCAGUGGGCGUGGCCAACGCCACCCUUCCGCACUUCCUGACCACUACCCCCACCCUGUCCAACGCGUCCACCACGCCCAGCCCAGAUGGCGAGGGGGUGGAGGGCUCUAAGGUGACGUUGGUGGUGUAUGCCAAGGAGUCGACCGUCAUCUCCAACCUGCGUCACUUUACCAGCUACCAGAUAGAGAUCCAUGCCUGCAACCACCCCACAGACCCCCAACGCUGCAGCAUGGCUACCUACGUCAGCGCCCGCACCAUGCCCGAAAAGAAAGCUGAUGACAUUGUGGGCCAGGUGACCCAUGAGAUGGUGUCGGAGCACCCAGAGUCUGUCCACAUCAAGUGGCUGGACCCCAAAGCCCCCAAUGGCAUGAUCAUCCUGUACGAGGUCAACUACAAGAGGUUGGGAGACCUUGAGGAGCUGCAUCACUGCGUGUCCAGGAAGGCCUACACCCAGAUCGGCGGCUGCAGGCUGAGAGUGGUGCAUCCUGGGAACUACACCGUGAGGAUACGUGCCACAUCGCUGGCAGGAAACGGCUCCUGGACCGAACCCACCUUCUUCUUCAUGCCCGACAAGGACACCACUUCAAUGAAGAUUAUCAUUGGCUCAGUUAUCUGCUUCAUCCUGCUGCUAUUCGUAGGAGGUGGAGUCUUCAUGAUCUUCAAGAAGAAACAAACUGAGGGACCCACUGGACCUCUGAUCGCCUCGUCCAACCCAGAGUACCUGAGCGCCAAUGACAUGUAUGUGCCUGAUGACUGGGAGGUGGCGAGGGAGAAGAUCAACAUCUUGAAGGAGCUGGGUCAGGGCUCAUUUGGCAUGGUCUACGAGGGCAUCGCCAAGGACAUUGUGAAGGGCGAGCCGGACACGCGUGUGGCGGUGAAGACGGUCAACGAGUCGGCCAGUCUGAGAGAGAGGAUAGAGUUCCUCAACGAAGCGUCGGUCAUGAAGGCCUUUAGCUGCCACCACGUGGUGCGUCUGCUGGGGGUGGUGUCUAAAGGCCAGCCCACUCUGGUGGUGAUGGAGCUGAUGACCCACGGGGAUCUGAAGAGCUUCCUGCGCUGCCUCCGACCAGACUCUGAGAAUAACCCCACAGGGAAGCCCCCUCCCACACUGAAGGAGAUGAUUCAGAUGGCGGGGGAGAUAGCAGACGGCAUGGCCUACCUCAACGCCAAAAAGUUUGUCCACAGAGAUCUGGCCGCCAGGAACUGCAUGGUGGCUGAGGACAACACCGUCAAGAUCGGAGACUUUGGCAUGACCAGAGACAUAUAUGAGACGGAUUACUACCGUAAGGGAGGGAAGGGUCUGCUUCCUGUCAGGUGGAUGGCUCCUGAAUCUCUGAAGGACGGAGUGUUCACCGCACAUUCAGACUGCUGGUCAUUUGGUGUGGUAUUGUGGGAGGUCAGCACCCUAGCAGAGCAGCCUUACCAAGGCCUGUCCAACGAACAGGUCCUCAAGUUCGUCAUGGACGGAGGAUACCUAGACAAACCAGAGAACUGCGUAGAGAGGAUCCACAACCUGAUGUCGAUGUGCUGGCAGUACAACCCCAAGAUGCGUCCCUCCUUCCAGGAGAUCAUCGAGAUGUUGAAGGAGGAUGUUCACCCCAGCUUCCAGGAGGUCUCCUUCUUCUACAGCGAGGAGAACAAGCUCCCCGAGACAGAGGAGUUUGACUUGGACCUGGAGAACAUGGAGAGCAUCCCACUGGACCCAUCGUCCUACUCCCAGAGAGAGGACAGCGACAGUGUAUCCAGAGACAAUGGAUCCAGCCAGAACCUAAGGGGCAACUAUGAGGAACACGUGCCCUACGCACACAUGAACGGUGGCAAGAAAAACGGACGAAUCCUAUCAUUGCCGAGAUCCAGCCCUUCCUAACAUUUCCUAAGGUUUUCUUCCUCCAUUCAAACUAUUUAAAUUGUUUAACUCUUGCAGAAGCCCUUAAAAAACUGAUCUCAGGACAUGUAUUUUCUUCCUCACAGCUGCCAAGCAUGGUGGGACACACGAUGCAAACAUUUUGGUAUAUGUUGAAAGACAUUUUUGCAUUUAUCCAGAAUCAUCUACUACAACUUUCUACUAUCUUUAUUUUUUUGUUCACUAUUGCCAUGUUUCCAGGACUGGUUGAUGGAAAAAGAAAAAGAAACUGUGAACACUUCUCUCUCUUUCUCGCUCUUUCCAGGCUGCCCCAUCUCUCUUCCAUUCUCUUGAAAACCUUUUCAGAUUGUGGCCUUUUUAUUUGUGGCCUGUUAACAAAGAGAAGUGUCCAUCAAUACUUGUAUUAAUUUCCUUUGAAUUUCCUUUGAAAUUAGACCGGUUUGAACCAUGGGACGGCAUAAACUCUCUAGAACAAAUGUCCAUUCGUAGAGAAAUUUUUAUUUAAAUUUUUUUGUGCAGAAUUCCAAACUUUACAGAGAUUAUUUUGGUGUUUGGUGAAUAGUUCUAAUUUAUUAGCAUUUUUUUGUCUCACUUUUUCAGUUUUAUUUCUGAGUCCUCACAUUAUGGCUGAAGGAUAUUUAAACAGUUAAAAGUUGGGCAAAAUAGUUCCUCAGACUGACCAAUAGCUGCUGCUUUCAUAUAUUUUUGUGGAUAUAGAAUAUAUAAUAAAUAUAGUAUAUAUGGAAUAUUUGGUAUUUAUAUCAAUAUUUUAUAUAGAAUAUAUACAAUAUAGAUGUUUUUGUACAUAGUUCGUAUUUGUAAUGUUUUCAUCUGAGGCUUUUCUGGUAAGAUCGUUUUUUUUUUCUCCCUCUCUAACCCCAGAUAUCACACUAAUUGGCCGCCAGUGCUCUGUUGUCUUAGACCUCCACACGUGGUUUUACUUCUCUUUCAAACCCUCAGGAGAACCCUGUUCUCCUCAGCAACAAAGGGCAGCCCACUAUUUUAGAAAAAUCAUGGCAUCUUUCAAAUGUUGUUCGUCCUGUCAGUAGAAGCGUUUGGGUGGGCCACUAUGCUAAAAUGACAAGAACCAAAAACUGAAGUGGGAAUGAAUGGUGCCUUGGUCUGAUGGAGCCAUGGUGUAGAUGUCCAUGUUGUGUUAAAAAUGUGUCUUAUCUUUGGUUGAUCAUUAGCGAUCUGUUUGAUUGAUUGAUGUUAUCGGUGGGGCUAGAAAUGUGAUGUCUGCUUGCUUGGACAGACAGUUUGUCUUGGCCUGAUGAUUGUACUUGGCUUGUGCUCUCUUGGCUUGUGCUGUUGGUAGUGGGGAUUUAUAGGGUUAUAGUUGGGUCAUAGAUAGGUAGAUGGGUCUCCUAUCUCCUCCACUGGAGUCAGAAGCCCAUAUAGGUGGAUGUAUUGCAGGACCACAUACCAUCAGGGCUUUGAGAGAGAUAUAAUGCAGUGCUUCAUAUGAGUAACGAGCAUCAGCUCUACUCCAGCACAACCCCCAUGUCCUCAGACAACUGGGUUUGUUUUGACCCUACCACCACCCUACACCCUCUCCCCAAAUAACGAUAGCCCAUUGGCUGUAAUGUUCGCUGACACAGGAAGGAGGUCAGAAUCAGGCUGCUGGUGGAAUUUUCCAUGUUACUGUGGUUGAAUGCUUUUGAUUUUGAACAUUUUGGAAAGUUCCUAUUGCAUUCAGAGUCCACAGCGGGCAGCAGCGAAAGAGAGGGAGGGAGCCGUUAGAUGAAGGUGUGUGUGUGUGUCGGUGUGUACUAACGGAGGGAGGUGGUGGUAUGGUAUGAGUCAGGACACGCUGUAGCUGUACAACAAGUGCUGCUUUACCCCCAGGGCUGGGCUAACAUUCUACUAUUGGCAGUGGAGACCGUGUUCGGACUUGCUGUGUGCCCGUUAUUCACAACCCCUUCUCCCUUCCACCCGAAAGAAAAAGAUAUUGAACUUAUUUCCCCCUGCCUUUAAUUUGGGUUUCUUUCAAUCCCACACCCUCCCAUUUGGAUUGUGGUGUACCCCUCCCCACAAUUUGGAUUGUAACCCAUCACUCCAAUAUCUAAAGAUGGGUUGUGAAAGUGUAAACCUCUGUCCAUUUACAUUCAUAUUAUUAAGUUCCAUACAGACAUUUAAACAUUCCUGUCAGCUUCUUCCCAGCACAAGACAAAGUCCUUAUUUGUUUUUAAAGUACACACACACUUAUUCUAUGUGGCACAAAUCACAAAUUGGUGUUACCUACAUAAAUAUUGAUUGAAAAGUGUCUACAUGGCAUUCCCAUUGAGAAGCACAAAUAGCCCAAUCAUUAGUAGUUCACACACACACACACACACACGUCUCUAUUUGUCCCAUUAUCCCUCCCUCUAGCCAAAGGCAGUGAUACUCAUUGUCUAUUGUGAGAAGCAUUGAUAAGGAACAGAAAAGCACAGACAGGAGCUAAGGGUAAGUCAAUCUGACCUGCGUCCACUCAGCAGUUUGAGCCUGUGUGGCUGUUUAGAGCUUACAGUUAUAGGCCUGGUGUUAUUAACCCUAACCUGCCCAUUCAUCUUCGCCCAGUUAUCACUGUUUACCCCUCUAUGUCUGUAUGUCUGUCUGUAUCGGAGAUGGUGGAACCGCAUCAGCCCCCACCCAGUGCCUUCUCAACCAACCACAGACCAGAGAGAUGGAUGUACAUUGCACAGGCUGGGUACCUUUUUUUUUUUUGGCACAUACUCAUGUUAAUGCGUAGCUACUGUGUGUGUGUGUGUGUGUGUAUUUAUACAUGUUAGACAGAGUGAGAGAAAUACGACUCGUAGAUGGGAGCUAAAUCCAUACCGUAAAUCUCAAGUAGUACUUAGAGAUGAUGAGAAAGAUAUGACAGUUGCUAAAUAACUUAUAUCUCUCUGUUUCUACGGGGAACAUCGGCUUGUGAGAGAAGUAUGUGGCUAGUUUUUGGUCAGUUGUUGUAAGGGUUGAAUGGCAAGUUCAUUUAGUGCUAUGGUGUUCAAAGUUUAACCACCUUUUCUGGUUCUCGCUGAUUCUUGAUCUACUCCACUUACUCGAAUGCCCCCCAAAAUGUUAGUUUUUUUUCUCAAUCAGUUACACUCUCAUACAUUUUUACUUUGUAAAUACUAAAGAAUAUAUUGUCUGGAGAAAAAGUGGGAAACCUCCCUCACAACUGUGCAUACAGUACAUGCCCAUAACGAGAGAUAAAUGGUGGAUCUCUACAUAUGACCAUUGUCUCUUUAUUGCGGUGUGUAUACAAGUGUAUGCAAUUUUCAAUUCAGAAGAUCACCAUCAUCUUUGAAAAAUUACAGAUAUUUAAUAUUUUAUUUAUUGUAUUAUUGUAUAAAAAAAAACACUGUUCGCUUUUUGUCCGUUUUUUAAAUAUUGAAAGUCAGGUAAAAAAUAAAUAAUAAUAACCUAGUUAAGGGUAGAGCUAUAAAUGUGAAAAGGAGUUGUUAGUUGUAGUUUCUAUGUAUUUGGCCACAGUCUACCUCAGUGGGUGUUUGGAGGAAUCAGUUUGAGACUACAGCAUCUUUCUUCGUCUGUCAGUCUGUUGGUAUCCCUGUAGUUCAAAUCAGAGGACAGGGACAGCCCCUUUAAAGAGAUUAAAAAGAUAAGACCCUGCGUGUUUCUCAACAUGCGUACUAACAUGCUCCGAGCACGCAAAUUGGACCACGAGAGGGUCGGAUUAUGAGUCCAAAUCAAAGUAUACAUAAUCCCCCCCCCCCCCCCCAUAAUCUCGAAUGCGUACUCCGUUUGUAAAUAUUUUUGAAGCAUGCAUCGAUGCACACUUCAACAGAAAGUAUGCAAAGAAAUAUGACUCAACCACGUAAAAAAUGAUGUAACAUUUUUUACAUCAAUGGAGGGCAUUAGUUGAGCUGAAGAGAGAGAAAAUACACAUCAACCUCGGAAUGAAAUGCAUAUUCACAUGUCAUAUGUUGCCAGACUACGAUAUUUUUUUCUUGAUACCUUCAUAAAUACCUGCUGUUUACCUGCCUACUUACAAUAGAUUGCAAGCCCAUAAUAAGUCAAUAGGGCUAACUGGCUAGCUACUACUGUUAGCUAGCCAGAUAGCCAUGAAGAAUUGCUAGCUUAACUACCCACGAAUAACUGACAUCUAUUUUUAUUUAACCUUUAUUUAACAUCUAUCUUGCAUAAUAUUUGUUUUAGAUCAUUUUUGCCUGUUAAACUAUCUGUUUAGUUUUAUUAUUAUGAUUCACAUUUAGCUAGCUGAUAGUUAUGAAGUAAAACGGUUGCUUUGUGUAUAUCUUGUUUCAUCUCUCAUGCCAUUGUCCUGGCUGGAAGACGGUUCAGUGAAUGGCUAAAUCCAUAGUAAGUCAAUAGGGCUAACUGGAUAACUAGCUAGCCACAAAGAAUUGGUAGCUACCCGUGAAAAAAUUUAAGUCUACCUGGCAUAACAUUAGUUUCAGGUCAUUUUUUGCAUUUUUUGUUCUAACUAGCUGGCUAGCUAGAUUAUUACGAUUCACAUAUCUACCUGAUAACUAUGAAGUAAAACGUUUGCUUUGUGUAUAUCUCAUUUCGUCUAUUGCUGCCAUUGUCCUGGCUGAAAGACGUUUCAGUGAAUGGGGAGGUGAAGCGUAAGGUAAUAUACAGUUGAAGUCGGAAGUUUACACACUUGGAAUUAAUCACACAGCUGGAAUUAAUCAUUCUCUCUACUAUUAAUCUGACAUUUCAAAUUCUUAACAUAAAGUGGUGAUCCUGACUGACCUAAAAAUUGCAUUUUUACUAAGAUUAAAUGUCAGGAAUUGUGAAAAACUGAGUUUAAAUGUAUUUGGCUAAGGUGUAUGUAAACUUCCGACUUCAACUGUAGUAGGGGGGAUGGCGAAUGCUUCUCUACACUCUCGUCCUCACAAGAAUGUACUCGAGAACGUCGUCGGAGAAUGCACCCGGAGCAUGAGAGUAUGGAGUACGGUAGAAUGCAUUGAGAAACACCCUGAUCAGAAUAAGAAGAAAGUAGCAAGUUUUGACCCAGUAAUUAUCCUGAUUAAGAACUUUUUUUCUCAUAUUCAAACUCCACAUUAUUUUAACAACCAAGUAGGUUAACCCCCAGUGUUGUGUGAAGCACAAUCUCAAUGCGCUUUUAAAUGUUGCCCCAAAUUUGGUUAGAAAUGUAUUAGAACAGGUAUAACAGUCAAGAAUGUAGUAAUAUGACAACAACCUUUUGACUGGUGAUUAAUUAUGAAAAAUGUGCGUUUUAGGUUCCCACUCCCAUUUAUUUGAAUAGGCUUUCAGAAUCCCAAGCGUCAGGUUUCUUUUUGAAAUGAACAGAAUUUUUACAUACCCUGUAACAACGGUUAAUGUAAUAGCUGUUGUUUCAUACCCGCUAGCUGAUAGUUGCUUUGUGAGCGAACCAGACUGCUUUGCUUUUGUGCAUUUAUUGUUCUAGGGAAGACUUGAUUUGAGCUUUUUUUAUAGAAAUUCUGCAUCAAGACAGAGUAGUCCAAAUCAUGAUUGCAUAUUUCUUGAUCACAUAUCCAUAGUCUGCAAUAGCUCAGCCUUGGUCAUGCUUUUCACCAUUGACUCACCAUAGAUUAACUCCUCAGUGUUUGUUUGUGUGGGUAUAUACACUACCGUUUAAAUGUUUGGGGUCACUUUGAAAUGUCCUUGUUUUUGAAAGAAAAACACUUUUUUUGUUCAUUAAGAUAACAUCAAAUUGAUCAGAAAUACAGUGUAGACGUUAGUUGUAAAUUACUAUUGUCGCUGGAAAUGGACUAUUUUGUUUGAAAUGGAAUAUCUACGUAGGCAUACAGAGGCCCAUUAUCAGCAACCAUCACUCCUGUGUUCCAAUGGCACGUUUUGUUAGCUAAUCCAAGUUUAUCAUUAUAAAGGGCUAAUUGAUCAUUAGAAAACCCUUUUUGCAAUUAUGUUAGCACAGCUGAAAACUGUUGUUCUGUUUAAGGAAGCAAUAAAACUGGCCUAUUUUAGACUUGUCUAAAAUAGGCCAUAGGUGUGUUCGAUUACAGGCUCAAAAUGGCCAGAAACAAAUAACUUUCUUCUGAAACUCAUCAGUCUAUUCUUGUUCUGAGAAAUGAAGGCUAUUCCAUGCUAGAAAUUGGCAAGAAACUGAAGAUCUCGUACAAAGCUGUGUACUAAUUCCUUCACAGAACAGCGCAAGCUGACUCUAACCAGAAUAGAAAGAGGAGUGGGAGGCCCUGAGCAAGAGGACAACUAGUCUAAAGAAGGCCAGUUUUAUUGCUUCUUUAAUAAGCACAUCAGAUAAGCACAACAUAAUUGCAAAAGAGUUUUCUAAUGAUCAAUUAGCCUUAUAAAAUGAUAAACUUGGAUUAGCUAAGACAGCAUGCCAUUGGAACACAGGAGUGUGUCUAGUGUGUGUAUAUAUAUCUCCCAGAGUCCCUGUUCUUCUCAGUCAAAUACGGACAGCAUUUAGUCUCAAGGCCGUUUAAUGUAUCCUCCAGAAGUGUUUUUAUUUCUCUGUUCUGUUGUUUUCCCUUAAUGUUGUAUGUAUUUUUUUCUACUGUGAAUAUCAAGAAAUGACCUUAUUGUUAUAUCAAUGCCAUGGAAUGGGUCUGUCUGGACACUGCAUGCCUCCGCUGGUCAAAGAACUAGAUUUUAACUUCUCAGGGAGGCACGUGUAUCGGGAGUUGGGUGAUGGAAGGAGCUUCCAACCUGUUUCUGACUGAAGUGCAAGUGCUUUUGGCAUCCUAGCAAAUCAUAUUUUAGGGGAGGUGUAGCUUAGAAGUUGUCAACAAACAACCACCCUCUUGCAAAUCAAAUGUUCAGCCUUUAAAGUUAAUGAUCUGAUUGUAUGCCUGUUAUCAUUGUGAUAUGUGGUGUUCACUGCCCCCAGCUGGCUGGAUGGGGGAAGUGCAGCAUCAGGACUCGAGUGUGUAGCCAGGGCUCUGUCCCAUAGUGCCUUGCUCAGACAGACUGCCCUCCUCCUAACGACACAGCCAGCCAGACCCUCAGUGCCAUGGACUGGACUAAUCUGAUCUGCCAUGGACUGGAUGGUCUCAUCUCAUCUCCCAACGUCCCAGCAGGAUAAUACUGAAGUAUUAACGUAUUAUGCAUUCUAAGACAGGAGAUAGUUGUGUUCUGUACUCAUCGCUGCAGUGAGAGGGAUGCAACACAUCCCCUUUGCUUGGCUGGAUGAUUCAUGAUAUAACUGUAUUGGGAUAAUUGCUGUAUGUGGACGAUAUUCAUGGUUUCACCAAAAAUGUUGAACUUCUUGUCUCUACUGGGGCAAAGCUCUUGCUUGAAUUCUGCAUGAACCCAACCAUCCCCAGCUGAUUUAGUUUUUAAUUUAAUAGAAUUUUGUAUUUUGGCCAUCUCUUUGUUGAUGAUAGUCCAACACCCAAAGCACAUGGGAUCAUGUAUAAUUAGCAACUGUUGAUUGCAUGACAUGGGGAGAAUAGAACUCCCAUUUAAAAUAGUGGCAGAUAUCGGGGAAAAAUUGUAUCACUUGAUUUAGGGAAGUUUAGGUUUAGUUUGAAACUCAAAUCAAAUGUUAUUUGUCACAUGUUUAGUAAACAGCAGGAGUAGACUAACAGUGAAAUGCUUACUUACUCUGAUAACCUGAAAAUGGAGUUUGACAGAGCAUGCUAGUGCUGCAGCGCAGGUUGAGAACAAAGCAUUGUAUGUAUUUUAUUGUUUUAAAAAGAAAGUAUUACAUUUAGAGAUGUUUAUUUCUAUUCCUUAGGGGGGGGAGGGGGAGGAGGGAAAAUACAAUUACUUUUCUGUCUAAUCUUUUACUACCCUUGUAGAUUAUUGAAUUGAACAUUGUUGUCAAUGUAUAGAACUUUUUCGAAAUGAAAUACCAAAGUUAGAUGUUUUUAGUCAUGACACUACCCCAGUAUGCAGAGCAGAUACAAGUACUGUACUGUAGAUGUACUAUGGAACAGCACAACGCUGGCUGGAUGUGGCCUAAAAUGUUCAUUUGAUCAUGUUCCAUUCCGUUGUAGAUGCAUGUUCCCGUGUUUGUGAACAACUCAUGCGUUUUUACCACUGCCCACCCGUUAGCAUGUUUUUAUUUGAUUUUUUAUUAUUAUCUCAAAAUAUCACACAUUGCUAUGUUAUGGGGGGGGGGGGGGGGGGAUGAUGUGUUUCUUUCUGACCAACAGCCUACAGAAAAGUCAUGUAGAUUUAGUUGACAUUUUGCUUUUCGAUGUGAAAAACUGGAAAAGACCACUGCACGUUCGCGGAGGAAAACAACAUGAAAUCCGAAAUAAAUAAAUAAGCUAUAAAGUGUAUCAGAAACUAUGGUGAUAUCCCAAUCUAAUGUGUAGGUGGUUCUUAACCAUUUAACAUGGGGCAGUAUGAAGAAAAACACCAUCGCUAUGUAUUAUGUACAAUGUCUGUUUAGUAGUGUAAUGAAAUGUGUACGUGUGUAAGGCUAUGGUUGGUAUGGCUUAAACAGAGACGCCACUUUUACAACUGACUCGGCUCGUCUACAUAAUGAUUUCUAUAUAUUUGCCCUUGCUGAAAGUUUUUGUUCAAUGUCACGUCAAAUUUAUUGAAGUGUAAUUGUUUGACAAAUGGAUGAGGGUCAGGUGGGGGGUUCAGUAUAGUAGUGGUGGGUGUGGUGAUAUUGAGGGUUUACGGGGUAAAGGGAUCCUAGUCAUGCUGUCUUGCCAGUGGUCUGCUUCGUUUUGACACAGCUCGCUACGUGUUAAGGUCUCUAGCCCCGAGGUGGAGUUUUAGGUGUCUGUAUCGUCCUUGGUUAAAGUCUUGCCAUGGGUUGUGUUUAUAUCUGAUUGCUGCUCCUUCUUCUGUGCACAUAGAUGGCCACAAAAUGCUUUGUGUGUAGGCUGGCAGGAUACCUCUUCAUGAUCCUCUGUCAUGUUAUUUUUUAGAAGAUUUACUGAUGUAUUCGUCAUUGAUAAUGUAUAGCUACAUUUGUCACACAGAUGCAUAUGCAGGUGACAUGUAUGUGUAUCACACCCAUGUACAACCACAAAGAUGGCUACAUCCCAACACUGGAUCAGAAUGUGCCAUUAUAUUUGUGUAUAUCACAUAUAUACAUAUCAUAUUAAUGCUCUUGUCACUUCCACACACAAUUACACAUGUGCAGGAUCAAAAUGUGCCAUGACUAAAUAAUGCCUGACAAUUUAUUUUUUCUAUGUUUUCAAGGAGAAGCAGUGACAUGUACAGAACAUUUUGGAAUGAUAUGAAAAUAAAAUCUUACUGUGUGUAAAUGAUUGUACAAUUAACUGUUUAUAUUAAAAUCAUGAAUAAAAUUAUUGGAUUUUUUAA